GAUGGCAAGAACCUGUGUGUAUAAACCCGCCGGGUGGCAAAUGGGCCGAAUCGAGAAUUCCAUUACCCAAUCUAACAUCAUCUCCACUAACAUCAUUCCAAUGGCCCCCGUUGCCUCGAGCCUUUUUUAUACUCUGAAUUGGACUUCUGUUUUAUUGAAUAUGGAGUACAUCUUUUUGAUUAUUCUCAUGUUAUGGCAUGUCACCAGAGGAACAUGUGCCAUAGAUCUAGACUACUUUCGAUUACGUAGGAGGGCGGAGCGAUAUUGUUGCUGAACAUCAAUACUCGACUCAGAAUAUCAAUACUUGAUUCAGGGUAUCAAUAAUUGACUCUAUAUCAAUGAUUGACUCUAUAUCAAUGAUUGACUCUAUAU